GCCAUUGCGGAGUACUUGUGCCAGUGCGGGGCACGCGUGGUUAUCACUGACCUUCCGUCCAACCAGGAGAGCCUACGCGACUUUGCGAAGAGCGAAGGAAUUCUUGAGGGCCCGGUAGGCGACCUCGCAGAUGAGGCCUUCUGUGCCCGGCUGCUGGACGAAGCGCUGCGUCUGGCGGGCCCGGGGGGACUCGAUGGCUUGGUGAACAAUGCUGGCAUCGGCCUCUUCACGGCCGUGCUCGGAGGAACUGAUCCGGCGGAGGUCCAGCGCUGCUUUGCUGUCAAUGCAGCUGCACCUUUACGUCUGGCGCAGCUCUUUGCGAAGGAUCGGGUCGCACAAGGACGGCCUGGAGCGAUU